GAGAGCCUCCUCUUUGGAUCACAGAAGAGUGGAGAGAGGGGAAGGAAAUCGGAGAUCAUCUCACUUUGCUUUUGGCCUCGGAGGUCUGUGUGCUAACAACUCGGAUCACAGCAGAUGUCUUAUUUCCGGACCAUGUUUUAGGGAAAUCUUUUCAACUUCUCUGCUCUUUUUUUUUCCAAUGACGCACCAGUGUGGCAGCAUCCUUGCACCGUGUGCAGGUGCAGCAAGGAUGCUUGGAUGCUGUAAUAGCUAACCGAGCUCCAUUUCUGCUGCUGCUCCGCCACAACUCUGUGGGCCUACGGGACUGCCGAAAAAGCCUAGCCAUCUCUUGUCGGGACUGAGACGACGGCAAGCUCCCCGACUGCCCCCAGGGUGGAGGAGGAACUGGCGGAGGAUGAGGGGCACUGUUAGCCUGCAUGCGCAUGGGAUGCAACCCAUACAAGAGCUGUAUUCAUCACUCCAGACACAUUGCUGAGGCUUCCAUUCCUUUUAGAUGAUGCUAGUCAGACCUUCUAUAGCUAUUCCACACGAGAAACUCUUUCAGAAUUAGAGGCGAGGAAGUCAGCGGCCUGUGCUUCCCCUGAUACCGGGUUCAAGCAAGGCCUCCACCCUUCUUGCUACUUCUGAGUAAACUAGGCCUCUGUUGCUCUUUUUCUUGACAUUCUAAGGAUUUGCCAAAACCUGUUUCAUGCAUGUCCACUGGAGGCAGGUUUGACUUUGAUGAUGGGGGGUCGUACUGCGGGGGGUGGGAGCAGGGAAAAGCUCACGGUCGAGGGGUCUGCACGGGGCCACAGGGUCAGGGCGAGUACGCAGGAGCGUGGAGUCACGGCUUUGAGGUCCUGGGUGUGUACACAUGGCCCAGUGGGAACAGCUACCAGGGCACCUGGGCGCAGGGUAAACGGCACGGUAUCGGAGUGGAGAGCAAGGGCCGUUGGGAGUAUAGAGGGGAAUGGACACAAGGCUUUAAAGGCCGCUAUGGGCAGCUGGAGAGCACGGCCAGCGGCGCCCGCUAUGAGGGGACGUGGAGCAACAGUCUGCAGGAUGGAUACGGCACUGAAACCUACUCUGAUGGAGGGAGGAUUGCUGACGGAGAAAUAUAG